AUGACCGCAGUCAGCCACUGGCCAGGAUCUUUCCGAACCGCGGAUCCGAAAGGCCGAGAAACCCCCUUGCUAUCCAUCGUGGAUGCAUGGUCUCUACUGCUUUCUCGGCUCAAACAGACCUCGGAGACCAUCAAGCAGAGGUUCGACGAGCGUUCGCGGGUCGGAGAAAAAAAAGAUAUUCGAGCCGAUGAAUGGUGCACUUCGAUCUUCCUCGAGGCCUAUACACGCCUGCUCAAGUUGACAACCGAGUUCGAGAUGCAGCUGGCCAUUACCAAAACUGAAGGCCAGUCGGCAUCCGCCAAUACGCCGGCCUCUUCGUUCUCCUUAACUGUCUGGCAGAUUGAGGAGCGGUACAGAGCCUUGAUCCAGCUGCAGUCUUUUGUUGGGUCGCUCUUCGAGAGGGCCACCCCUUCCUACGACCAGUCCAAGGUCUUCUGGUGGUUUGAUCCAUCUUACUACCAGUCCACUGGCAUCAACUAUGACCGCUUUGGGUCACCGGACGUACGAGACUUUGAGAAGAGACUGCUGGACGCGCUGCAACUGGGCAACCAGCAACCGGUCAAGCUGGCUCUCACGUCCAGCGGAAUGUCCGCCUUUUCAGUUUUGCAGCAGUACGUGCUGCAAGAGGUAGUCAAAGCGGGCGACACGAUCGUGGUGUCGCCCUAUAUCUACUUCGAGUCGUUUCAGCACCUCCGGCCACUGUCUCACGUGCAAGUCGUGAACUCCGAGACAUUCGAGGCCGAGGAUAUCAUCGCUACCGCAGAAAGGCACAACGCCAAGGUAGUGUAUGUGGAUCCGAUGGUGAACACGGUUGGAUUGGAGACCACCGAUCUCCGCAAAUUCGCGCAGAUGGUCUCCUCCCGAGACGGUUGGUCAGAUCGUCAUGUCAUCAUCGACGGAACCCUCGUUUCCGGCGGCAUGGAGGUGUACAACUGGUUUCACGGCCCUCACGCCCCGCAAGUUCUCUAUUAUGAAAGCGCCCACAAGUACAUCCAGAUGGGCAUGGAUGUGAUUAUGUGCGGCUUCACUGUAUAUCCGGAGGCCUUGGAUUCCACCAUGUCGCUCAUUCGACAGAAUACGGGCAGCGUGCUCUACUCCCGCAUGGUCACAGUCCUCCCCCCUAUCGACAGUACGGUGCACCAGUCCCGUAUGAGCUGGAUCACCACCAAUGCAGAGAAGCUGUAUCUGAUCCUGGAGAAGCGGAACAUCGGGGUGGCCGAGUUCAUGUUCCCGACCCAUUGGCGGCGGAUGGGCUGGCGGCAUGGAGGCAACGUGGUUACCAUUCGGUUCUACGGCGAGGGGAUGAACAAGAGACCCAGUCUGGAGGCCUGCUCGGACCUGAUUCUGCGGGCUGCCGAGGAGGAGGGGGUUGCAAUGACCAAGGGCGCCGGGCUAGGCUUCUCGAUCACCCGCAUCUAUGAAUCACUCGCCUUCAUCAAGAAUGUGGAUCCGUAUCUCCGCGUCUCCGUCGGGGUGGAUCCUAAGGACGUGGAGCCUGUGGCAAGGGCUAUCUUGAAAGGGGUGGAAAGACAUUGCCGCCUGUAUCAUCCUCCCAUGGUGCAUCUCAAAUCCAAGGCCAAUGGCAAUGGGAUCCCUGCUAAUGGCAACGGUUUCCCUGCUAAUGGCAACGGUUUCCCUGCGAAUGGCAACGGUUUCCCUGCGAAUGGCAACGGUUUCCCUGCGAAUGGCAACGGCACGAUUGUUCGAUUCAAUGGGUUUCCUCCCAAGGUUGAGAUCUAG